AUGUCGUUUUCAAUUUCUCAUGACAGUCCUUUCGCAACUGCAUAUUCCUCUUUCCACACCUUUUCAUCCCCAAGAGGAGUCGGCACCAAAAAUUUAAAAUCAAGGCUGAAUACUGCAGUUUCUCCUGACUCACCAAAAGAUUUCCAAAUGAAGCAUGUACCAAUUAUUACUGGCGAACUGAAAGCUGAAGAGCUAUCCAGAGGAUACCACACAAUGACCUCUUACGAUGCUUUACAUCUUUCUCCUCCUGCUACUGUUGUAGCACAGGAAAAAAGAAAAUUUAACUAUCAAGAUUUCAAUAUAAAAGGACACAGAAAUGAUUUUGAUUUCUCUACUCUUAAGCCGAGUCACUUAUGUGACUUAUUGGCUGAUAAGCGGCCUGAUGUAAAAAAUAAAUCUCCUUUCUAUUCUACCUAUGAGAGUAAGCUAAAACAUGAUGGUUUUGGAUUGAAUAGAGGAGUUUUUACUGUAAAUUCUAACCAAAGCUAUAGGGUGCAGAGAUUUAGUGAGAACUUGCAAAGCUCUCUGGAAGAUAGGCUGAGAAAAACAGCAAAACAUUGGGAAUUUCCAAUAAUGCAAACUAUAAAAAGCGAAAAAGAUUUAAAGCUUGAUGAUGAUUUAGUAAGGAAAACUUUACCUGUUUCAUUAUGGGCUAAUAAAAUGAGUAUGGAAAGAUUUUUAAAAAAUUCGGCCAAUAAAGCAAAAACUAGUGUGAGAAGCUCAAGGCUUGAUAGCGGUAAGAAAGAUAUUAAUUCAUUUGAAAAUGCACUCAAAAAAAGAGGAGGGUCUAUGGGCUUUACUGAAGUUAAUACUUUUGCGUACUUAAAAAAGCCAAAAAACCCGAAAGUGAGAUUGUCACUAGUUUAA